GGGAGAUGGAAGCUAAAAAACGAGCUCUGGAAGAAGAGAAGCGCCGCAGAGAGCAACUGGAGAAAAGAUUGGAAGAAGAAACUAGCCAGAGGCAAAAAUUAAUUGAAAAGGAAGUCAAAAUACGUGAGAAACAAAGAGCACAGGCCCGUCCCUUGACUCGCUAUUUACCUGUUAGAAAGGAAGAUUUUGACCUACGAAGUCACAUCGAAACAGCUGGACACAACAUAGAGACCUGUUACCAUGUCUCCCUCACAGAGAAGACCUGCCGAGGCUUUUUGAUUAAAAUGGGAGGAAAAAUUAAAACAUGGAAAAAACGGUGGUUUGUUUUUGACAGAAACAAGAGAACUUUUACUUAUUAUGCAGACAAACAUGAAACUAAAUUAAAAGGUGUAAUAUAUUUUCAAGCUAUUGAAGAAGUCUAUUAUGAUCAUCUAAAGAAUGCAUACAAGAGUCCCAACCCGUUGCUCACUUUCAGUGUUAAGACACACGACCGGAUAUACUAUAUGGUUGCUCCUUCACCAGAAGCCAUGAGGAUAUGGAUGGAUGUUAUUGUUACAGGCGCAGAAGGCUACACCCACUUCAUGUU